GCCAAGCCCCCAAGAGCAUGGCCGCCUGGACAGCGGAGCCAGGGCCUGGGCAGCCUAUGAGCACAGGGUGAAGCCUGACCUCUCGGAUGGCCAACACCACAGGGCUGAACGCCACCGAAGUCUCAGGCUCCAUGGGGUUGAUCCUGGCAGUUAUUGUGGAGGCGACAGCGCUGCUGGGCAACGGCGUGCUGCUGGUCGUGGUGCUACGCACGCCAGGACUGCGCGACGCGCUCUACCUGAUGCACCUGUGCAUCGUGGACCUGUUGGCGGCCGCCUCCAUCAUGCCCUUGGGCCUGCUGGCCGCGCCGCCGCCGGGGCUGGGCCGCGUGCGCCUGGGCCCCGCUCCCUGCCGCGCCGCGCGCUUCCUGUCGGCUGCGCUGCUGCCGGCCUGCACGCUCGGCGUAGCCGCGCUGGGCCUCGCGCGCUACCGCCUCAUAGUGCACCCGCUGCGGCCCGGCUCACGGCCUCCGCCCUGCCUCGUGCUCACGGCCCUUUGGGCCGCGGCGGCGCUGCUGGGCGCGCUCUCCAUGCUCGGGCCGCCGCCCGCACCGCCCCCAGCCCCAGCCCGCUGCUCUGUCCUGGCCGGGGGCCUCGGGCCCUUCCGACCGCUCUCCUUCGCGCUACCCGCCCUCCUGCUGCUCGGCGCCUAUGGCAGCAUCUUCCUGGUGGCGCGCCGCGCUGCCCUGGGGCCCCUGCCGCCCGCGCGCGGAGCCCGGCCGCGCUCCGACUCUUUGGAUAGUCGCCUCUUCAUCCUGCCGCCCCUCCGGCCUCGCCUGCCGGGGGGCAAAGCAGCCCUGGCCCCCGCACUGGCCGUGGGCCAAUUCGCAGCCUGCUGGCUGCCAUACCGCUGUGCGUGUCUGGCGCCCGCUGCGCAGGCCGCAGCGGCCGAGGCGGCCGUCACCUGGGUAGCCUACUCGGCCUUUGCGGCUCACCCCUUCCUGUAUGGGCUGCUGCAGCGCCCGGUGCGCCGGGGACUGGGCCGCCUCGCCCGCCAAGCACUGCGUCUGCCCCCGCGAGCCUGCACUCUGCGGGCCUGGCACCUGCGGACACUCCUGCAGCACCUCCAGGGACCUCCAGAGGGCCCUGCCUUAGGCCCUGCUGAGGCACCAGAACAAGAUCCGAAUUGGGCAGGAGGGGAGAGCCUCAGCAUGCCAAAGGCCACCUGAGAGGAGAUUUGUCUCAUAUGCUGAACUGAGACUGGAGAAAGGAGGGUGGUAUCAGAAGGAACCUGUCCAGCCUCCUGCACAGGUUGUGGUAGGUUUCCUGCUUAGAUUUCUGGCUCUGGAACAGGAAGAAAGGGGGCCUGCAGCCUGGUGAAAGAGUUAACAUUUAAACCACCACCUUAGGUUAGCCUGUCUGUGCUCCACUUACCACCAGGGUUGGAGCCUCACUGCGACCAGGCAAAGAUGAAGUCAGUGACCCUACUUCAAAGCCCCAUCUCAUAACCUGCUUUCUCAGACAACCUCUGCAUCAGUCAUUUCAAUUUGGAUUCUCCAGGAAAGGAGAACCUGAGAUGGAGUGUGGAGGCAGAGUCCCAGAGUGCAGUUUCCAGGCUCUUGGCCUCACGUGGAAAGGUGCUGGCUCGGGUAGUAGAUGGCCAUCAGCUGUGACUAGUUG